AUUCAGAGCGUUGGUUGGUCAGCGCGCGGCGAGGCGGCACGAGGCGGCACGAGGCGGCACGAGGCGACAGGGAGAGCCCCAGCAAUAUUUAAGCUCGAGUUCAGCUUUUCUUCAACCUUCUGCAAAAACUUACGGAUCACUCUUCAGUCUCUUGUGCAAGAAAAUAAUUCAAGAACAAUAAAUAAUGGAAUGUGCAGAAACAGUAAUAAAAGACGAAGAGAAGGAAGACAGUAAGAAUAAAGUAGGAGAUUUAAAGGAUUCAGAUACUAAAUCUGGAGCUGAACUAACUUUGGAAGAAGGAGGCGAUGAACACACAAAUGAAAAUCAAAAUAAACAAGCGCAUGGUGGAGAUGAUUCAAGCUCACAAGGUGUAGAAGAGGUAAUGAGUAAAUCGCAGAACAAAACAAGUGAUGCGAGUGAAUUUUCAGAGAAAGGAGGGAGCUUAGGAAAUACUGUACAGCCAGUUAACACGAAUGCAAUUGAGCCAGCACAUAACAUCGAUAAAGAUCAAUGUGAAAAACCUACAAAACGAUCGCAAGAUAAAAGUGGGCCUCCAAUUGUCUCCACAUUAGAUUCAGGCACAAUCAAAUAUACUAAAGGAGCUGAAACAAUUCCAGAAGAAGAAAAUAAUUUAAAAAAAGAGCAACUGACAUGUUUAGAAAGCGAUGUACCUAAAUUGACAACAGCAAAUAAACAAGAAAAAAUCAAUACCAAAACACAGGAUGAUGUUCAAAAUGAAGCAAGUAGAUGUAAUGAAUUUGCAAUACAAAAUUUAAGAACUGACAAUAAAAAACCUGAAGAAAACAAAUGCAAUAUUGAAAUUGAAAAGUCUCCAACUGUUAACAUCAACGAUGUAAUACCUAUUAAAGAUGAGGGAGAAUUAUUUCUUCAGCAAAAAGAAUACAAAAUACCCAACACUGGUGACAAUGUGGAAAAAGAAGAAACUAAGACGGUCAAAACCGAGCAACAAAUUAUAUCCAAAAAUGUAGAGGUUGAUACAAAAAAGAAACAUUUAAAGCUUGGCAGUGGAGCCAUCGCAAAGCGAAGAGCAAAUGAAACACAGGUGUUUAAGAAUGCUAACUUAAGCCAAGCGUUGCAGAAGAGUCCCACCACUACAACUAAAGCCAAAGAUUCGACAGUGUGGUCUCAGCUAUCUCCAGGCAAAAAUCUGAACGUUAACACAGGAAUCAAAGGCAGUCGAAGUGCUGAUGAGCUGCAGAGAGGGGAAAUAACACAAUCAGCUGUAGCAAGAAGAGUGAGCAGAGAGUCCACCCUAGAAGCUAGGAGGUACUCAGUUGUGAAGGAUUCUCCAAUCAAAAUGAGAGUAAGUUACCGGAGAAAAUCAGAAACCCUCCCUCGAUUUAAAUCAGAUGAUAAGACUAAAAUUGAAGUAAAUGAUUAUACUUUAAAGGCUAAAUCUUCUCUGCACACCAAACCACAGUCGGAUAUCCAGGAACAGACAAAGAAGUUAAAAAAUAAUUCAAGUUCAGAUCCAGAAAAUGAAAUGAAUCUAAAAUUACUUAAAUAUUUUGAUACUGCUAACCAGAGCUGCGAAGAAAAUGUGACACGAAAAGAAGCUACCACAGGCAAAGUAGAAAAUUAUUUGGAAAGUCGAGAUUUUAAGACUCAACAAAAUAUGAAAUUCGCCAGUGCUGUAAUGGUAUCAACAAACAAAAUACAUGCAAAUACAUCCCCAAAAAUACAGGUUCCUGAGAACAAGCCAGAAGCAGGUGCUCACAAGAGCAGUAUGUUCUGUUCAAAAAACUCUAUCACUAAACAAAUGUUUCCAGAUGAGGAUGUAAAGCAGAGUGAAAAUACAUUUGCUCAAAAACAAAUAGACGAAAUGAUUCAAAUUCAAAGAAGCAUUAUACCUAGCCCCGAAGCUGCAAACGAAAAUGCGAAUACAAAUAUAUUUAAUGAGCACAGUAUAAAUGAAAUGGAUAAUCUGUCCAACAAACCAAAUACACGCGACUGUGAAAAUAAAAGUGACUCCGUUAAUCCAUUAUCUUUGGCAUCAGUAAAUUUGAAUGUGAGGAAACAUAUAGAUAAACAAAAAAUAGACAAAUGCAAAUCGGAAGAUAUUUCCGCAUUCAGUAAAGACAGUAAAACACAAAAAACCACGAAUGAAAACGAGAAUAAUGUUUCGAGUCCUUUAAUUCUAACUAUCAAGGCUGAAACAGUUACCGAAAAUAAAUUAUCUUUAAUUGCAAAAGAAAUGAAACCGGAAACAACAAAUCAGAAUAUAGAUAAUGAUGAUCCUCCCAAAUCAUCGUAUGAAUAUGAUCAAGGUAGUGAAAAUGGCUUAAGUGGCAAAGAAAGUUAUAUUGUUAAAAAUAAACCACAGCCAAAAUCACAUGGAAUAUUGUUAACAACUAAUCAAGUCCCAAAAUAUGAAUUAAAUAAAACCGUUCGAGGAGGACAUGGUAGGCUAGCUCCCAUCCAAGACGAGGAGGAGAGUAAGGAGUACAUCCUGGAUUCUCAAGAUCAUGUGCCUCUGGAUGGACUGGAUGAGGAUGUGGGGCGAGGAUGUGGUAGCAUGAAGAGCACAAGCUGCAGACUUUACUUUGGUGUCAAGAACUACCUGAACCAGUUCUACGAUCCCAACUCCAUUGAUAGCACGCAGGGGCAAGGGUAUUACUACACUGAGGACGACGACUUCGAGUACCUGAUGGACCCCGACAAGGAGCAGCGACACCAGCGCUGCUGCAGAGGAUUCUGGUUCCGCGCAGGCGUGUGGAGCGGCGUGAACCUGCUACUGGUGGGAGUGAUCGCUCUGCUCGUGGGCUAUCUGACGCCACCACGCGAUAUGGUUGUGGGGUACCAGGACAACCUGGAGAUCCUGGACCGCUGGGCCAUCGCCUUCAACCACCGCCUGGAGCUGUGUCGCCUGGCCGGGCUUACCGUGUUCUGCUGUGGUGGCCUGGUGCUGCUCGUCACACUCGCGCUGUCCAGCAUGUUGGCCGGCCGGCGGCACGGCGCGGAGUGGCGUCCAACCGUGGGGCUCACGCCACCCAGCGAGCCCUUCGUCGUCGGCGAGUCUGGCCUCGCCGCCGGCAACAUACCCGUCACCGAACAGAUCAAGUCAGUGCAGCCGUCGGCUUGGCCCGAGCCAGCCCGAGGCACGCAGGGCGAUCUCUCGGUCCAGAUGCCGUGA